AUGGCUCACUAUCCACAGCCGCCCGAGAAGAUCCAGAUCAUCGUCGACAAGGAGCGCUUCCUCAACACGCGUAAUGCGGUAUGUAUCAAAGCUUCAUCGCAGGAGCCAAACAACGCGCCCGACGCGUGCUGUGUCGGCCCGGACGACGACCCGAAAAUCCAUCGCAUCACCGCCUCGACGCCUGCUGACUCCCUUCCAGCUCACCAACGCCUUCGUCGGCCUCAGCGGCGCCAUCGAUGAGGCGGUCAAGGCCUACGUGAACCACACCAAUGCCGUGCUCGACGGCGUCGGGGGUAGUACCCUCGACGUGAGCGGUCUGAUCCAGCCGUUCAAUGCCAUCGGCCAGGCUCAGGGUGUCGCACAGCUUGCCCAACAAGCCAUCUUCCAAAACGGCAAUGGCGUCUGGAGUAUGUCAAGUCCUGCGCGUUUCACAACCGAGCACCCUCUCCCACUCAUUGUCGCACGAGACAUGACCCAUAUACUGACUUUGAUUACACAGCCACUCCCACCAACCCACAGCUCAAUCCAGAUGGCACCAAGAAGAAGCGCCAGUACAAACCUCGCGACCCGAAUGCCCCCAAGCGCCCACUCACCGCCUACUUCCGGUACCUUCAAGAGCAGCGUCCGAUAAUAUCGGUCGAGCUUCAGAACAACCCGGAACUCCAAGGUGGAAAGGCCGGCGAUAUUAGCAAGAUUGCUACUGAGCGAUGGAACAGCUUGGACGACAAGACACGCCUGCCGUAUCGCAAGGCCUACGAGAGGGAACUGAAGGGCUACGAGGAGGCUGUCAAGAAGUACAAGCAGGAGACUGGCCAGUUGGCUGGCGACGACGAGGACGCUGAUGCAGAUGCUGCUGCGGAGGAGGAUGACCAAGUUCUUGCGCCUGUGGCCCAGAUGCAGGCUCCCGUGACGGCAAAGGCAGAUGACACGGAUGACUCUGACGACAGCGACGACACUUCGUCAGAUGACGACGAGUCGGAAGAUGAGGCACCUCCACCAGCUCCUCAGGUACAGAAGAAGACGCCCAAACCCGCACCGAAGAAGACCAAAGCAGGCGCUGACCCAGUCGCUCCGACUCCGCAGUUCAGCAGCCUAAGCACGCCCAAUGCCGCCGCUCCGUCGAGCCCGACCCGCAAGCGCAAGGCAGAUGCUACUGAGGGUGACGAGAAGAAGAAGCGUGGUCGCAAGAGCAAGGCCGAGAAGGAAGCCGCUGAAAGCGCUGCCGCUGCUGCACAACUUCACAUCGAUCCUCAAUUGCAAAACCCUCAGCCAAUCCUAUCGUCUCAGCUAACUGACGGUACCGACAAGCCCAAGAAGGAGAAGAAGAAGAAGCGCAAGUCGGAGGCUGGAGCGGCUUGA